AUGACGCUUAACGUAUUGUCCAAUUUCAAAUCGCUGGAAAAUAAUCAAUCCCAAAAGUUGUCCGGCUAUGCAUUUACUUCAUUUAUUAUUACAUUUCUUGUUCUUGGCUUAUCAGUCUCAAUUUCGGGACCAUCCGUUAUGUUCCUUGAAGAAAUUGCAUACACAUGGGAAGACGAAGUAGCUCUUAUUUUCACUUCAAGGGCUGUCGGGUCCAUGGGUGGUUGGUUGGCUUCGUAUGCUAUUCUAGAAGACACACAUAAGCAUUGUGGCGUUCUCUUUGGAUAUGGUCUAUUUGGACUUAUUAUCGUUAACUUCAGCGUUGCCUUUACCCAUCACCUUUGGUGGCUUCUAGCAGCUUUUGCGUUCCAGGGGGCUUUCAUUGUUGCUGUCGCUCAAGGUUGUUUAUCUUAUGUGAGGAAGCAUUCUCUGUCCUCCAACCACAUUCAACAAUUUCUUGUAUUCAUUAGUCUAAUUGGAUGCGCCCUGGCUCCUGUUCUCUUUAUUCCACUCUCAUCUAGGUCAAAUAUGAACAAUGCCACAAUUUUCAUGUCUGCGGUAAAUGGAACUAUUUCUAAAAACGGUCAUCCAGUUAUACAAACUAUAUCUCGUUCACCGCGAUCUUUGAUUAGCGUUGAAAGUCCUUCUGGCAACAAUAUCAAUUUGCCCCCGCCUUUUAUUGUUGAUCGUUCUAUUCUGAAUACGAGCAUGGAAACAGACUUAAUAACUGUAAAACCUUCACCGACUUUAACUACCAAUGCAUCAAUGAUAUCUUCAACUUCUACAAUUGCUGAAAUUCUGCUUAGUUCUAACUAUGAUCAAUCUUCAUCUAUUUAUUUUACAACUCCAGCUCCAUCCCAUGUAAGUUUAGCUAAAAGUGAACAUAUCAAUGCAACUGAAGAAAUUACCACUUCAAAAUCUCCUUCUUCGGAUGCAAUUUCAUCGAUAUUCACAACAUUAUUUUCAAGCGAUUAUUUAACGACUGUGCCGCCUGAUUUGAAAAAUGAUACUAAGAUCAUUACUGAAUCAAUUUCCAGUGAAACAGAAACUACGAAAUCGCCCGAAUAUAUCUCUAAUGGGACUGAUUUUACAACCUCUCUUGAGGUAGAGCUCAAUGGGACGACUAUUGAGGCCUUACUAGAAGACAACCUUAAUAUUUCUACACUUGAAGUAGCAACAAACGCUUCGGAAGGCCUUGGAAAACCUGAUAUAGUGGAUGCAGAACACUUGAAUCAGGAUAGCAACUCCGCUGAUGGAAGUAAUACCGUCGUUAAAAUGAAAUUAGCCGAUGAAGAUGUUCGAAUUGCUGAACAGCAGGCUAAAGCGGCAAAGAUAGCAGAAAAGGAAUCACAUUUAAAAGCAGAAUCGCAAGUGACUACUACUACAGAAGUGAAUGAAGAGCCCGAGACCCUAACAACAGCGGCAGACGAUACGACAAAACCCUCUGUUGUGGACGCCACCCAUUUGAGUCAGGAUCAAAACACCGCUGAUGGUAGCAAUCCUGCUGAUAUAAUGAAACACUUAACUGAUGAAAUUAAUAAUGAGGAUUCUGAAAUACCGCCUAUAAUAGUCAUUACUAAUCCAACGUCAACCGUAAAAGAAGAGGCUGAAGUGCAGGCAAGUGAGGAUUCCCAUAUCGUUACUGAACCACUAUCCCAAACAACGACCUCGCUUCCUUCUACGCUCACAAAUGCUUCAGUAGCAAUACAAACUCCCCAGACGGCUCCUCCGCCUUCAACGCCAAUUACUGCGGAGGUGAAACCAAGGUCAAAUGAUACCUAUCGGUUGACCUCAACGUACAACUCGAAGUGGGAUACCAGGACACCGAGACGCUGGCAAGAUGAGUCCACUCGUCUGCAGUAUAUGAAGGCUGUUAGAUAUGUCUAUCUCUCUGUGGGGCUCUUCACUGUUCUUUCUUGGUUCAUUAUACUACCACUGACGGGAAUUUUUACCUCUGUGAGGCCGUUCCUUGAAUGCUUUUCAGUUCAAGCAUCGUCCAAUUCUGUGAAUCAGCAGGCUAAUGUGACCAUUCCUGAUAAUGAUUUAAUGCGAACUGAUACUAAUGAGGAACUGCAGGCGAGUAGCCCCACAGAUUCAGAAUCAACGCCGACACAACUGGCUACGAAAAAUGUUGCCUGGUGUGCUGAAGAUGUCGAGGAGACAACCGUUGUUGAACCCAAUCUCCGUGCUAGUAUCUCAGUGCCGAAUUUUGCAGUUCUCCGUUCCUCGCGACAUAAUCAAACCAGGACUCAAGACAAGAAUGCGCACUUAAUUCGCCUUGAGACGCGAAAAGAGGCAUCGGAAACACCAGAGCAGUUGGUUUAUUUGAAGUACGCACCCAGGCCAACUGUCUGGCCUUUGGUAACUUGUCCGGCGGAUUUCUGGGUGCUAGCGGCGACUUUUAUCUUUGCUGGACUGGAAACUACAUAUGGGGCUUUUAUUCAUAGCUUCACUCUGGGAACGCUUCAUUGGUCACCGUCGCCGGCGAGAGCAUUCCAUAUUGCCGCUCUUUUCAUUCGGACAGUUGGGUCGCUCGUUUGCUUGAUCUGUACAACCAUAUUAAAGGAAAUGACAACAUCUCAUCUUGUCUAUCUUGCACCAGCCGACAAUAAUAGCCGAGUUAUCUACGAAUCUUGGAGUAUUGCUAGAGACAAGGCUACUUGGAUUUCCACAGCGGGGUUGGGUCUCGGAUUAGGAGCUAUAGCAGGGAGUGGUCUUCAUAUCCACCAGCCACGGGGUUACAUUCUUUAUCUAGCUAUGCUACUUGGGCAAUCAAUUGUACCCGCUUCGGCUGGCUAUCUUACCGAAAGAGUAUUUCACAAAAAUGCAUCUCAAACUCUAGGACGUACAACCAUGAUUCUCUCUAUCCUAUUGUUCCUCUUUCUCCUAGCUGAUCUUAUCCUACAGCUAGUUAGACGGUUCUUUUGGUGGGAAAAGGUUACCCAAUGGCUUUCACCAUUUCCAAAAACAUUCAACGACAAGAAUCCACAAAGGAAACUGAAGUCCAGAACAUCACAGAGUAAUUCAGUAGAUCCCAUUACCAAUAAGGAAAUUCGUCCAAAAGUGGAUUGGAUUGAGUCACCUUCAUCGCCAUCUGAUAUACCUCUAGCAGUUCGAUCAAUGGAUUCAAUUCCUUAA